GUCCAAGUGAGUCCUUUUCUGUAUACGUUCGCUUACUAGUAAAAAGUCGAUAGAAUAAAGCAAAAUAGUGCGAAGUUGAAAUGUCCUUGAAAAAUCCAAAGAGGUUAAUCAGUCCGGAAAACAAAAUUGAAAGUAUCCGGGCUUUCGGAGUGGUUUAUUUUACUUUGAAGUUACAAGGAAUGUUUAUAAUCGAGGACUAUUGCUUUCGACACAAAAUACACGUUGUUAGUAAUUAUAUUCUCACUAAUAUUUUUUACAACUCCUCAUACAUCAUCGAGCUGUUUUUCAUAAACAAUCUGGGGCAGUUAUUGGACAAUGUUCCUAUGAACAUUUGUGCGACUGGCUGCUCCAUCAAAUUCUUUGUAAUUCUGAGGCUAAGACCCAGCCUCAUUGAAAUCAAUAAACAACUAAAAAGUUUGGAUAGUCAACCUAUGACGGACAAGCAAAAGGAUAAACUAAGAAGGGUGUUCAACUUCUGCAGGUUGAUUUCACUGAGUGGUAUCAUGUUUUAUGUCGGGGGAAAUUUAACGUAUGCCCUUGCUGCGGGACUUUCGCACCGUACUAAACUUGGAUUCGAUACUUGGUUCCCAUAUGAUUGGAGGAAGAACGCUUUUCUGUAUUGGGGGUCAUUGUUUAUGCAGACCAUAUUUCAGAUACAAUUCGCGCUGGAACAGAUGGCAAAUGAUUUUAUUGGGGCUUUGUAUCUUUGUGUAUUGAGUGCUCAUCUGCAGAUAAUAAUGGAACGGUUUGCAAAUAUUCACUAUGAUCCACAAAAAACGGAGGACGAAAGCUUCCAAGAUUUUAUACAGUGUCUUGAGGAUCACCGGAUAGUAAUGAAUAUCUUCAAACUAAUACAGGAUAGUAUUUCUUAUACUAUUUUCAUUCAAUUUAUUAUAUCCAUUCUCGUUUUUUCAACCUCGGGUCUGAUAUAUCUGAGAUUCUCACUGUCGUUAAUCGAAACUGCAGCUGUGUUUAUAUUCAUGGUAGCGGAAAUUGUAGAAAUUUUUCCAUCCUGUUACUAUUCGAAUAAGUUUAUGGAAAAAACAGACCAAAUGGUCUUUAUGUUGUACUCGUCAAACUGGAUGGACUUAUCACCAAGAUUCCGGAAACAUCUUAUUAUAUUCAUGCAGAUGGCGCAGGAGAAGAAAAUUAUAUUGGCUGGAAAACAAAUACCAAUAACCUUGGCUACUUUUAUGUCGGUAAUGAAGGCUAUGUAUACAAUGUUGAUGAUCUUGAGCUCAUUAGAGUAAAUAGUAAGGAUGACGUCUUUUAUAAAAAAGGAUAAGGUUUGAAUUGAAGUAACUGCUUAUGUAGAAAUUGUAGAAAUAUAUAGUUGCACUCUAUAUUAGGUGUACUCAAUAAAUCUGGAUAAAGAAAUAAAAACUAUCAUCAUUCAGUGAAUAUAAAG